CAAAGUUCAUUAUGGUAAUUCCAAGAAAUCGAUAUUCUCUCUUUCAUUUACUUUGCUGCUGACUUGUAACUUUGUAGGUAGAUCAGCGGGGAUCUGAGAGAACCAUAUCAUUAGAUACAUUGCUGUUGCUAUAAUUCAACAGCUUUUGAGAGAGGUGAGGAUAUUGUGAGUUUGGUAGACACAAUCCAGCACUAUUGGCUUUAAGAAGGUUGUCAUAAAGUUGUUGAUUACUAAACAGUUUUUCUUUUAUUUUUAGGUUCAUCAUGAUGUACUAUUUAUGGAUGCAUUCUAUUAUUACAACUGCAAUCAUGAUGGUGUUGUACACCCAGGCUAAUUCAGAAAUACCAACUACAUGUUCUGUCGUUCAGGGUCUUCCAGGUCUUAAUGGCAGAGAUGGAAGGGAUGGAGCUCACGGACAGAAAGGAGAGCCAGGUUCGAGCCUAUCUAUGUGUUUUAUAGACUUUUGCAUAUUUCAUGUAAUUCAAUAACCGUACAUAACAUGUUUUACACCUGUUUAUUUUAGCAAUAGAAUAGGGACACAAAGCAUAGUGUUUUGAAUCUGAAUAUAACAUUUAGGAGUUGAUAUAGAGAAACUAAGCAACAAUGUGCAAUGUAAGUCUGCAGUUGCUAAAGUCAGUAACGUAUUGUCAUGUAAAAACAGGGGCAUUAAUGCUAGGGAUGAAAAUAUAAUGCUGCCUCUUUAUAAAUCACUGGUAAGUCCAAACCUUGAAUAUGUGGUGCAAUUCUGGGCACCUGUUCUAAAGAAGGACAUUAUGGACAUUAUGGCAGAGGUUGGCUACAAAAAUUAAUAACAUAAACAGUUCAUUUUAGUUAAUAAGAAGAUUAACAAAUCUGAAUCUCUUUAAAAGAAAAAUCUCUUUAAAAUGGCGCCUCAUAGAAGAUAUGAUAACGAUAUACAAAUAUAUUUGGGACCGAAACAAACUAUUGUCAGGAAACCUAUUCAUGAACAAGACUAUACAUAGGACACACUGUAAGAAAGGGAAUUUAGUCUAAAGCAAAUGAAAGGUUUCUUUAUGUACAAUAAAAGUUUUUUUUUUAAGAACAAUAAGCAUGUACUAAGUACUACUUGAUACUAAGAUAUGUAACAAGGUUGAUGUUCCAGGAGGGAUAAGCCAAAUGACAAAUGAUUUAGGUAAACUAGAAAAAUGGUCAGAAUUGUGGCAACUGACAUUUAAUGUGGAUAAGUGCAAGAUAAUGCAUCUUGGACGUAAAAACCCAAGGGCAGAGUACAGAAUAUUUGAUAGAGUCCUAACCUCAACAUAUGAGGAAAGGGAUUUAGGGGUGAUUAUUUCUGAUGACUUAAAGGUAGGCAGACAAUGUAAUAGAGCAGCAGGAAAUGCUAGCAGAAUGCUUGGUUGUAUAGGGAGAGGUAUUAGCAGUAGAAAGAGGGAAGUGCUCAUGCCAUUGUACAGAACACUGGUGAGACAUCACUUGGAGUAUUGUACACAGUACUGGAGACCGUAUCUUCAGAAGGAUAUUGAUACCUUAGAGAGGGUUCAGAGAAGGGCUACUAAACUAGUUCAUGGAUUGCGGGAUAAAACUUACCAGGAAAGGUUAAAGGAUCUUAACAUGUAUAGCUUGGAGGAAAGACGAGACAGGGGGGAUAUGAUAGAAACAUUGAAAUACAUAAAGGGAAUCAACACAGUAAAGGAGGAGACUAUAUUUAAAAGAAGAAAAACUACCACAACAAGAGGACAUAGUCUUAAAUUAGAGGGACAAAAGUUUAAAAAUAAUAUCAGGAAAUAUUACUUUACUGAGAGGGUAGUGGAUGCAUGGAAUAGCCUUCCAGCUGAAGUGGUAGAGGUUAACACAGUAAAGGAGUUUAAGCAUGUGUGGGAUAGGCAUAAGGCUAUCCUAUCUAUAAGAUAAGGCCAGGGACUAAUGAAAGUAUUUAGAAAAUUGGGCAGACUAGAUGGGCCGAAUGGUUCUUAUCUGCCGUCACAUUCUAUGUUUCUAUGUUUCUAUGUAGAAUUAUCUGCCUGAAGAGGUUGUUUUAUUGGAGUCUAUUGAGUUGUUUAAGCAGUAACUGGAUAAUGUCAUGAUUGGUAGGGAACCCUAACUCACAGACAGGACAGAACUGCAAUUUCAGUCCUUAAAAUGGCUGGGCUAUGCAAAAGGAUAGUCAACAUACAAGCCAAGGUCAAAGGAAAACAGAGAGAUGGAAUACGAAGAGACAAGCCGACGUCAGGGAGCACAGAAGACAGAGUAAACGUGAGGCAAGCCAAGAUAUCCAGACAAAGUGCAAUAGUACUAAGUAAAGACCACACCAGGACAAUGAGGCAAGGGGAAGGUUAGCUUAUAAACACACAGGGUGUGUCUGAUUGGCUAACCUCCAAUUAGUGUUAAUCACAACACGUGGGAGGUGUUUCUUCCCUCUCUUGUGAUCGCUGAAGUCAUCACUGUGUGCCGGGUCACAUGACCGGGUUCGGCACACAUAUAAGGAAGCUGCCUUGGAGCGUGCAGAGUCAGAAACACUGUCAGUCUGUGGAGCAGUGGCGGGGACAGGUACCGGAAAACGCCGCUCGCAGUGAUGGGGUAACCAAGGAUGCCGCGAGCAGCACGGGGGCAUGGGACCUGACAGAUAAAUACUUGCCAAAACAUAAUAUUCAGGAAUAUAAUUUGUAAUUAUUGGGAUUAUAGCUUCUUUAUCUAAGGAGAGAUCUGUCUGGGGUCAAGAAGGAUUCUUUUGUAGUUUGUUGCAAAACUGGAAGCGCUUCAAACGGCAGUUUUUACUUUCUUUUGGAUCAAGAGCAAAAACAGAUGUGAGAAAGGUGUGAUGAAUGCUGUUUUGAUGGACGCUCUUUUCAGCUAUGUAACUAUGUAACUAAAAUGUGUCAUCAGCAACUUUAAAGGCAGAUACACUGUGUCUUUAUAGGGUAUUUGAAGUGGCUCUGUUAACAAAAAUAAGCAACUGAUAAACUGUAUCCUUGUGCACCACUGCCUAUAUGCAUUGUGCACUUGUGUUAUUUAAAUAAUGUGGAAAUAAAUACAUCAUACCUCUAUUUCCUGAUAGUACACUCUAAGAAAUAUAAUGCAUGAUUUAAAUUUUCAGUGACUUUUAUUCCACCAUACAUUCAUUUUGCCAUAGAAGCCGUAAAUAAAAGUCUAAAUCAAUGUAUAUUUAAUUUUAGGACAAAGUGGGGAGACUGGAAAUUCUGGUAUAAGAGGUAUUGAAGGACCUCCUGGAAAAGUAGGACCUAAAGGGGAUCAAGGAAACAGAGGAAGCCCAGGUUUUUCAGGU